CUUGGGGUCUGCAGAGUCACGUUGCAGACUCCCAGUCCCGGUCGCGCACGGGUCGAGCCGCGGGGUGUGAGCCGCGCGGGCCGCCGUAGUCAGCCGCCGCGAGCAGGAAGUGUCCGAGGAGCGGGCGGAGGGCGCGCCAUGGCCCCGGACCCCUGGUUCUCCACUUACGAUUCUACCUGGCAAAUUGCACAAGAGAUCGCUGAGAAAAUUCAACAACGAAAUCAGUAUGAAAGAAAUGGUGAAAAUACAACCAAGCUUACCGUGACAAUCAGAGCUUUGUUGCAGAAACUGAAGGAAAAGAUCGCCCUUUUGAAGGACUUACUGCUAAGAGCUGUGUCAACACAUCAGAUAACACAGCUCGAAGGAGACCGAAGACAGAACCUUUUGGAUGAUCUUGUAACUCGAGAGAGACUACUUCUGGCAUCCUUUAAGAACGAGGGUGCAGAACCAGAUCUCAUCAGGUCCAGCCUGAUGACUGGAGGGGCCAAGCAAGGAGUACCCAAUCCUUGGCUCUUCGAGGAGCCGGAGGAGACCAGAGGCUUGGGUUUUGAUGAAAUCCGGCAACAACAGCAGAAAAUUAUCCAAGAGCAGGACGCAGGCCUCGAUGCCCUCUCCUCAAUCAUCAGUCGCCAGAAACAAAUGGGGCAGGAGAUUGGGAAUGAACUGGAUGAGCAAAAUGAGAUAAUUGAUGACCUUGCCAACCUUGUGGAGAAUACCGAUGAGAAACUUCGCACCGAAACCAGGCGUGUGAAUCUGGUGGACAGGAAGUCCACAUCUUGUGGUGUAUCGGGAGCAGUAUUCACUUCCCCCUCUUAAGUCUGCGUAUAUCCUGCCAGGCUGUAUGAAAAACGACGCAAGGUUUGAACAGCCCUGAAUCAAGGGUGGAACUGCAGUUACGUGAGGCGCCUGUAACCGAAGGAGAGCCGGUACUUACGGAGGCUCGCUGUGUCCUGGGCACCUGGCUGCGUGCUUCAGAAGGGUUUUGUCGUAAACCCCCACCCCCACCCUACGUGACAUACUGUUGUUAUCCCCCACUGACAA